UGAAUGAGCAGGCAACGGUACUUGUUAACAGACUCACAGACCCGCCUAUGGACCUGCAGCCACAGGACGCAGAGAGAGGCAAGUUCCCCAAGCUUCAGCAUCCCACCACGGAUUGGGCAACUUCUUCUUCUCUACUAAAUGAACUUCUGCUGAGGGGGCCUCAUUUUGACACCGUCUCCUGCCGUGAUCAACAUUUAAAAGAAAAGCUACUUUUCAGGCUYCUGCUCUCAAGAUGAUUCCCUCUAUUUCACUGGUGGUACUAUUGACUGUGUUGGCUUCCGAUGCCAAAACAAUUCCACAGACAAACAGUGCAUCUCUUGAAAAGGAUAUGAUACAUCUCGACAUUCAAGUCAUUCAAAGCCAUGGUUAUGGCAAUGAGGAUGUGAAACGACUGGAAUGGGACAAGCACCACAAGAGAGCACGGCGGGGUGCAGAGGACGAGGACACAGACGCAGGUGAACCUCAGUCUACCUUCUCACGGUCUUAUGAGAACGAGUCCACCUCACCCAGAGCUACCCAGUUCGCUAGCUCAACCCUGGACACUGGGGCUAACACAUACUCAACCCUGGACACUGGGGCUAACACAUACUCAACCCUGGACACUGGGGCCAACACAGACUCAACCCUGGACACUGGGGCCAACACAGACGUGGAUCAGGGCAACAGCAGCACUACAGAAAGGGGGAUCACCAACAUCCACAACCCUCUGUACCCGGUGACUGACAGUUCCUACACUGCCUACGCUGUCAUGUUCCUGUCCCUGGUGGUGUUCUCUGUGGGGAUUAUAGGGAACCUGGCUGUGAUGUGCAUCGUCUGGCACAACUACUACAUGAGGAGUACCUGGAACUACAUCCUGGCCAGCUUGGCUUUCUGGGACUUCCUGGUGCUCUGCUUCUGUUUACCUGUGGUGGUCUUCAAUGAGCUCACCAAUAAGAGGCUGCUGGGGGACAUCUCAUGCAGAGUGGUACCAUAUAUGGAGGUGACCUCCCUAGGGGUGACAUCCUUCAGCCUGUGUGCCCUGGGUAUUGACCGCUUCAACUCUACCACCAGCUCCCAGCCCAAAAUCCGGCAAGUGGAGAGCUGCCAGUCCAUCCUGGCCAAGCUGCUGAUCAUAUGGCUGGGCUCCAUGGUGCUGGCGGCCCCAGAGCUACUGCUGUGGCAGCUCAGCCAGGCCGUGUCUCCAYCCACAGGGGCCGUGGUGGACUCCUGCACCAUGAACCCCACCUCCAACCUUCCCGAGUCCAUCUACGCCCUGGUCAUCAACUACCACGAGUGCCGCAUAUGGUGGUACUUUGGUUGCUACUUCUGCCUGCCCGUGGUCUUCACCCUCUUGUGCCAGUUGGCCACCUGCCACGUGUCCAAUGACAAUAUCCCCCAGCGCCUGGUGGAARGCUCCCCCUCCAAGAAGCAGAAGAUACAACACAGUCAACAGGUGGAGCGCCAGCUCAAUUACACCGUGAUGGCCCUGGCCGUGGUUUACGGCGUCUGCGCCCUGCCGGAGAACGUGUGCAACAUCGUCCUGGCCUACACCGCCAUGCCCAUCUCUGACAACACUGCCACCCUGCUGGCCCUCAUCAACCAGUUCUCCCUGUUCUUCAAGUCGUCGGUGACYCCYGUGCUGCUGCUGUGCCUCUGUAAGUCCCUGAGCCAGGCCUUCAUGGACUGCUGCUGCUGCUGCUGUGAGGAGUGCCAACCCAGUGGCUCACAUUCCCCUGGCACCGAGGCCAAACUCAAGAGUACCAACGAGAUGUCCUCCUCCAUCUUCUUUGACAAAGCCAAGGACAGCUCCGCCAUCCUGUCGAUCAGCGGGUCCAGCUGAACUGGCCUCUCCUGCUUCCUUUCCAUCACCUAAACUGGUUAGAUGUGGUAACAAAGCAACUCYCCUUUCAGCAGUGGACAUUCCAAUCCCAACCAUGGACACACCUUUUGUUUUCAGUAUUGUUAGUCAGAAGACAGGGACCAGCUUCACCUUCUCUGUAGCCUUAAUGUCUGUAAUGUCUCUCCUUUUGAUGUUCUCUCCAAAUAGAUACAACACCCCAUCCAGUUUUAAGGUGGUUCAUUUUACAGGAAGUUCAGAGAUUAAGUGCAGACUAGGGGGACUGGAGAGAAGAAGGASAAMAGCUCCAUUUAAUAUCCUUGUAGAAGUGUCACCCUAAUGUGUUUAUUCUAAGGAUUAUUAGGUCCAAAAUAAACAGAGUGUUAUGUUAGAUUACUAUACUAGGGUUGACUAACAGCCCCAGAGUGUCCGGCACUGAGAUCAUUAUCUCUUGAUGUCACAACUAUUAACAUAUCUGUAAAAUGAUGUGUGUUGGCUCUUUAGUCGACACAGAUAAGUGUGCCUUAUCGUUUUCUUCAUGCCACCCAAUUAUCCAUGCAGCUACUUCAUCUAUAGCCGUCCCGUGUAUCAAUUAUUGUUUUGAGUAAUAUUAAUAAUCAACAGGGAGGGUUUAGACAUAGCAUUUUCCAUCUAAUCAAAGUGCUGUGAAUAAUACAAAAUAAUUUGACCAGAUAAUCAUGAGAAGUCACUGUACAGAGGUCAAGGUUAUAAACUGGUUGUAAGAAUGUUAGGAAAGAAGUCAGACAUCAUGUUGUGAAUAAGAGAAAAAUCCACCAGCUGUAGUUGUGUUUAAUUUAUCCAAUAAAGGUUUGUAAUUUAU